GAAAGGAACUCGUCGUCUUCCGGUUUGUAGGUAGCCUUUCAUGGCUACAGCUCCAGUAGCUGCGGUAUGAAGGAGAACCGUAACGUUUGGAGGGGUGUUUAGGUCGAAGUGGCCUUUAGGCCGAAAUGCGAAAACAUGGAUAGCUUAACGACGGUCUGUUUUUCGUCUGAGGAGGACGACUGUUCCGAGUCGGAGGUUUCAUGUCUGAUGAGAGUCGGAAAGAACUCGGACUGGCUCAGUUUGUCCGAAAACACAGAGAUCACUAUUGGACGUGGUGUGGAGGUAACCCAUCAGCUGAUAUCUCCAACGUGCCCUCUCAUGAUCUCCAGACUGCAUUGUUCCUUCAAGCAAAGGGAGGAUGGCCAGUGGACAGUAACAGAUAAAAAGAGCCUAAACGGGGUGUGGGUGAAUGACAAGCGGAUACCUCCAGAGCAGCCUCAUCUGCUCAGGCUCGGAGACUCUAUUCAGCUUGGAGUUCCUUUAUCAGGAUCAAAAGUAGAGUUUGACUACAUCUUCAUCCGGCGGCCGCUCAAAGACAUUAAGCCCUACCUGAAAAAGGGCUACAAUGAGGAUCCCAAACUAAGCCAAACACCCAAAAAGCAUAAGAGGAAGCUAAGUGUGGAAGAAGUCGAGCCUUCUACUUCAAAGAAUAAGUUAUAUCGCUGCGCUUCUGCAGACAAGUCCUUCGCAAAGCCCUGUCCUCUGUCUCCUGUGAAGCUAAGGCAGCGGCUCAAUCACCCAGAGCCAGAGGAGACUGCAUCCAGCAAACAAGUAUAUGAAGGUGAGCAGCCUUCUGAAAGCUCCGGUACUGCCUGGGACCUCAACAACCUGCAAACGUACAGCCAAAAUAUUCUGCUACUGAGGGAGCAGGUUAACGACACACAGAGGCAGGUCGAAUCUCUGGAAGGAGAGCCCAGACAGGCGGGCCUUCUGAAAGAGGAGCAGAUCCGUGAGCUGCAGGGUCAGCUGCAGGCGCUCAGAGCUAAAAUGCACCGGAUGGAGACGUUAGAGAGAUCCUUCAGCGAAACAAAGAGGCAGUUAGAGGAGGAGAAAACGCAACAACAAGAGGAGCUAAUGAAAAAACAGCUUGAGGAGGCCUUGCUAGAGCAAAAGAAAGUGAUCGAUGAACUCGCCCUCUCUCGAAAAGGCUUUGAAGAAAUUAUAUCGGCUAAAAACAAAGAACUAGAAGUUACUAUGGAGGAGAAGGAAAAGGCAAGGGCCCAGAAAGAGGAGGUUGUUACUCAGGUCACUGAAGUCCUAGAGAAUGAGCUUCAGUGCAUCAUUUGCUCAGAGCUCUUCAUUGAGGCCGUCAUCCUGAACUGUGCCCACAGUUUCUGCUCCUUCUGCAUCAAGCAGUGGCGCAAUAAGAAAGAUGAGUGUCCUAUCUGCCGUCAGGCCAUCCAGUCUCAGACACGCUGUCUGGCUCUGGAUAACUGCAUCGACCGAAUGGUGGAGAACCUCAGUCUGGACAUGAAGGCCCGGAGGCAGACCCUCAUCACCGAGAGGAAAGCAGCCGCCACCGCUGAAGUGAUGGUGAUCAACGACGACAGCAGCAGAAGCAGUGACAGCGACAGUAGCCUGGUGUCCAUAAACAGCAGCCUCUACUCUGUGGUCUCUGUAGAGACGGACAGCAGCAGCCAUCUGGACUCUGAGGACAGUUUUGAGGAUUUGGACGAUUAGCGCUUUCCCCUCCUGAUGGCUUGGAUUUGAAUUGGACUUUGUAGAGUUUUAAAAUUCCCUGAUUUAUUCUGGGGAUGUUUACUUAAUAGUACAAAAAAGGUUGCUUUCGUUGUGAAUUUAUGUAAGAUUCCUUGUGUUUGAUGUCUUUUUUUUUUAUUUUUA